CUCUUAUUCAUUUGUGUGGUGGUGGCAUUGACAGACAGUGUUUGUAAAUGUGGCAACCCAUCCUUCAAGAACUACGCGUGUUGACCUAGUGGUGAACGAGGCCACAUUGCCCAAUGUUUCCCCAAAAAGCAAAGAUGAGCAGAGAUGGCCCAACAUAUAAAUGCAGGUUUCUUUAUUGCAAACUUGUACAUGUUCCACCAUAUAACAGUAGAUAAAGUGGUUAAAACCAGUGAUGAAAGGUAAGUUAUUACUUAAUCUAAAAAUACUCGUAUCUGACAGGAAAGUCUGUGACCGAAAAUGUCCGACUGCUGUGAAGGCAGCGUUUUGCAUUGUGUGUGCGCGCGCGCGUGUACAGGCAGUUACAACAAGAAUACUUCUCGGUUUUUGCUAAAGAAACACUCCGUUCAUCACAAGUCCGCCUCGCGGUGAACGAGCUGCUGGUUCGCGAUGUUCAGGCCGGAGAACGAGGCGAGGAGGAGGCGACGACGCGCCGCGAGCUGCCCGGAAAACAAGCCGUUGUUGCAGAAGUAAAAAAUCCCGGAACUUGAAACGGUCGGAAACGAGCUAAAGCUAAGCUAUCUUGUUGCUGUCAAACCACAAGCCGAGCUCUUGAAAAGUACCCGGAUCCUCGGCUCGAGCUACUUUCGGAUUUGAACCAGCGACCGUCGUUCAGUCGCUUCGAGAGACUUCUUUUUCGGGGGGGACCGAAACUCUGCGUCGAAGUUUCCGUCUCUUUUAAAACUACUUGUGGAUCCGGAAGAUGGCUUCGAGAGGAGGCUUCACCCCGAUGAAUACGAGCCCCAUGCACGCCGCGGGGGAGAUGAGGAUGCCAGGUCUGCCCCAGCCCCCGGCGGGAUACCCCCGGAGCAUGAGCAGCGCGCCCCCGUACCUCGAGCGCUCAGGGAUGCCAUCCAGCCGAUCGGGGGGCCCCAUGGGGUCAAUGGGGGGUCAGCUGCCUGGUCCUUCUUAUGGUGGUGGGAACAUGCCCAUGCGGCAAGACAUGGGACCUCCAAGCAUGGACGCCUCGAGGAAACGGUUCCUUAAUCUGCAUCAACAGCAGCAGCAGCAGCAAGAGCCACUGGGAGGCCUGAGACGAGGAGCAAAAAGACGCAAGAUGGCUGACAAGGUUCUCCCACAGAGGAUCCGAGACCUGGUCCCAGAGUCCCAGGCCUACAUGGAUCUCUUGGCAUUUGAGAGGAAACUGGAUCAGACCAUCGCCCGAAAGCGUAUGGAGAUUCAAGAAGCCAUCAAGAAGCCGAUCAUGCAAAAACGAAAGCUCCGGAUCUACAUUUCUAACACGUACACCCCCGGCAAACCCGAGGGCGAGGAGGCAGAGAAAGUGUCCUCCUGGGAACUGAGAGUGGAGGGAAAACUUCUGGAGGAACCCGGCAAACAGAAGAGGAAAUUCUCAUCUUUCUUCAAAAGCCUGGUGAUUGAGCUUGAUAAGGAGCUCUAUGGACCCGACAACCACUUAGUCGAGUGGCACAGAAUGCCCACUACUCAGGAGACGGAUGGUUUCCAAGUCAAAAGGCCCGGCGACCUGAAUGUUAAAUGCACCCUCCUGCUCAUGCUCGACCACCAGCCCCCUCAGUACAAACUGGACCCGCGGUUGGCUCGUCUGCUGGGUGUGCACACACAGACGCGAGCCAGCAUCAUGCAAGCCCUGUGGCUGUACAUCAAGAACAACAAGCUGCAGGAUUGUCAUGAGAAGGAGUUCAUCAACUGCAACCGCUAUUUCAGACAGAUCUUUGGCUGUCCUCGCAUGAGGUUCUCUGAGAUUCCCAUGAAGCUGGCCAGCCUUCUGCAGCACCCUGACCCCAUCAUUAUCAAUCACAUGAUUAGUGUGGACCCCACAGAUCAGAAGAAGACGGCGUGCUAUGACAUCGAUGUGGAGGUGGACGAUCCGCUGAAGGGCCAAAUGAACAGUUUCCUGUCCUCUACAACCAACCAACAGGAAAUUGCUUCCCUGGAGAUUAAGAUUCACGAGACCAUUGAGUACAUCAACCAGCUGAAGAUCGAGAGAGACUUUAUGCUGAGCUUCAGCAAUAAACCUCAGGACUUCAUCCAGGACUGGCUCAAGUCUCAGUGCAGAGAUCUGAAGUUGAUGACGGAUGUCACAGGAAACCCAGAGGAGGAGAGGAGAACCGAGUUCUACCAGGCUCCCUGGGUACCAGAGGCAGUGGGCAGAUAUGUUUACUCCAGAUUGCAGCAGAGAAGACAAGAGUUGGAGCAGGUUUUGGGUAUCCGACUCACCUAAUGACAUCUUCCACCGGCAGCUUAAGUUGAUCAAUCAAUCGUCAAUGUCUACUCGAUCUAAAUUGGAAUUUGCCGGGAAAGAAAUAAGCUAAUAUUGCAGCCUAAAUGUUCUCGCACCCAUCCUCACUGCAUGGUAUGAUAAACCAGCAUUUAGGGGAGAUACAUAAAAGAUAAUAGUUCUAAAAUCAACAAAAUAUAUGGGACCAAAGUGAUUUUAAAAAUGUCCCUAAUAAUAUGUCUGCAUUGCCUUGUCUAUCACUUUUAGCCUGUUCAAAGAAUCUUUGCCUUGUUAUGCAAUAUGUUUAGAUUAUGGUACAAUUGUCUUAAACGUUUGUGAGCGUCGGUGCUGUGUAGGUGCCAUUUUGAAAAGGGUGUCUGUUUACCUUCACAUUUAAAAGCCAUACUUUUGUUAAAGGAGAAACUGUAAACUUAUCUGUGGUGAAAACAUUGGACAACAGGAAAAUAUAUAUGUUCUUUCUUUAUUUUUACUCUGUAGAAUAUAUGCAUUAUAUUCUUUAGAAAAACAAACGAGUUCUUAAAAUUUCUUAUGACUAAUAGGAAUUUAUAAUAAGCUUUUUAUGCAAACAAUCAUUUGAGGUGCUGUUUUUGUUUUAUAAUGGUGGAUAUAUCAUUUCAAAUGAGACAUGUCUUUACUGUGUAAGAAAGCUCGAUUGAGCUCUUUAUUUGAGUGCUCUGUUGAUCUUAUUCGAUGUUUACAUGCUGUUUUUUAUUUUUUAUUGGGGUUGGUAGGGUUAUUGUUAUAAUAUAAGGAAUAUGAACUGUGGCGGGGUGUUCAGAUUAAAUAAUGUAUCCUGGAAGAUUAAUGCUUCCCAAGAAGUUUCACUGAUAUUAACAAAAUAGGAAUGCAGUUGUAUUGUGUCAACUAAACAAUGGACCACAUUGUUAUGAACAGUUUAUAGUUUCAUGGGGGGAUUUUUCCACAAAAUGCUUUUGUGUUAUGGUUUUGUAUGAGGGUUUUCUAAAUGUCUUUAAACAUUCCAUGGUAAAAGCGGUAUCACGGUGCCGGAAUUAGUUUUGUGAAGAAGGCGCUUCGAAUUUCAAAACAUUGUCUUCGGAUAUUUUUUGUACCGCCUCUGUAAAAUGUUUGCAUGUUGUGUAUCAAUCAAAUACUUUUUACAUUUUGAGUAUUUUUUUACAAUAAAUAUGAUUGCAAAUGUU